GAUGGAACUUCAACUAAAACAUUUUAGUCAUGAACAUGCACUGAUUUUCAAAGAAGAGCCAAGCCAUGAAAGUGAUGAGUACGCUUGUUGCUCUGGCUGUGGGAAGGUGGUGUCAGGUCCAAGCUUCAGCUGUAUGGAGUGCCGGUUUUACCUCCACAAGAAAUGUGCCGAGGUACCCUCUGAAAUUAAUCACCCUUUUCAUCGUGAUCGCAACCACAACUUUAAACUUCUAUCAAGUCCACCAUACGAAGGUACAAGCCUUUGCUGUUUCUGUGACAAAUUAUGCAAGAAUUUUGUUUAUCAAUGCUCUUGUGGACUAAGCCUUCACCUUGAUUGUGCUUCCUUUUCAUAUAAAAUUGCUGAAAAGAAGUUUGAAGAGGUUGACCACAUUGCGCACAUAGAUCCCUUGAUAUCCACUGAAAGUCCAAAUGAAGAACUCAAAAAUGCUAAAUGCUAUGGGUGUUGGAAACCAUUAUUAGAUUCUGCAUACUUUUCUCUUGAUUGUGGAUUUUGCCUGCAUAAGAAAUGUGCUGAGCUACCUCUUGAAAUCAAUCACUCUCUACACCAGCCACGUCCUCGUUGGUUUUCUUUUCAUUAUCGCAAUCUUUUUUUACAGUUUAAUGGUACACGUCUACCUUGCCAGAUUUGCCGAAAAAGGCCAAGGGGACUUGUUUAUCGUUGCUUAAACUGCAAGUUUGCCCUUCAUAUUGAAUGUGCUGAGAUACCUAUUGAAAUCAAUGUCCCUUAUCACCGUAGUCAUCCUUUUAUUCUACAAUUCAAUUCUGAAAAUUUUCCUUGCCAGAACUGCCAAGAAACCCCUAAACCGUUUUCUUAUUGUUGUUCAAGUUGCAAACUUGCUCUCCACGUUGAAUGCAUCUCACCUCCACCUGUUAUUGAAGACGAAAGCCAUCAACACCCGUUCAACUUAUUUUGGAAACAACGACCUUUCUUUUGUGAUGCAUGCGGCAUUCCGGGCAAUUGCAUAUCCUACAUUUGUUUGACAUGUGGCCUUACAGUCCAUAGGAAAUGCAUUUCAUUGCCUAUUGUUAUCAAUCUUCCAAGGCAUAAACACCCCAUUAGCCACAUCUAUUUCCUUGGAGAAGAUGGGUUGAAAAUGAAGCGAUGCAGAAUCUGUGAUGGUAAGGUGAACACAGAUUACGGGAGUUACUAUUGUUCUUCUUGCAAUUAUAUUUGCCAUGUCAAUUGUGCAAUUGAGGAUUAUAAAUCGUACAUGUUUGAUGAAUCAAAAGAAAUAGGUGAACAAUCUUUGGGUUCAGUCAUUUCUGUUAUUAAGGAGAGCAAGGUUGGAAAUAAUGCGAUAGCUACAGAGAUAAGACAUUUCAGCCAUCAACACAAUUUAGUAUUAAGUGACGACAUUGAGGAUGAUAAACGUUGUGAUGGUUGCAUUUUGUUCAUCUCUGCACCUUAUUACCACUGUUCACAAUGUGAUUUCUUCCUCCACAAAUCUUGCGCUGAAGUACCAAGGAAGAGGAGGCUCUGGUUUCACAUUCACCAAAGUCCCCUUACCCUUAUUUCAGAUUUCAUUUUCGUAUGUGGGGUGUGUGACUAUGAGUGCAGUGGAUUCGCCUACAAAUGUGGAUUUUGCAAAAGUUAUAUCUGCCUUCGAUGUGCUUUAGUUUCUUCUGACCACGCAUCUGAAGGACAUGAGCACCGACUAGUCUUUUAUGAGAACAAAUACGCGGAGUGUAAUGCUUGUGGUAAAAGAUCCAUGGUGCCAUAUUGGUGCAGUGAUUGCAACUUUGCUUUGCAUGAUAAAUGUCUUAAGCUACCGCACAUUGCUCGGCACAAGUGUGAUGAACACCCCCUCAAACUCACUUACCAUGAAGAUAAUGCCUAUCCACAACAUCGUUAUUGUGACAUUUGUGAAGAAAGUAGAAACUUAAAAAGUUGGUUUUACAGUUGUACAAUUUGCGAUAGUUCUGCUCAUCUCGACUGUGUUCUCCGAGAAUACCCAUUUAUCAAGCCAGGGACUACCUAUGAGGAAGGAGAUCAUUCACACCGGCCCCUCGUAUUUGUUCGAAAGGUUUAUCAUUAUCCAGAAUGUCAUAUAUGCUGUAAGCCUUGCCAAGAUCUAGCUCUUGAGUGUGCAGAGACAGGAUGUAACUAUAUUGUCCACUGGAUAUGUAUAAAACAUUCUUUUUUCUGAGUAAAGAGGCACGAUGCUCUGGUGCUGCAAGCAGACACAGAGGUUGCUGAUGAUCGCAUCGAAAAAUACAUGUUCCAGCUGGUUGUUCAACUGUUAUUCCCUGUAGUUGUUGUCGAAAAAUGCCUUUUUCUUUUCCACACAAUAAUAUUAGUUCCUUUAUUGCUGUUGUUUGUUUUGUUGCUGUUAAUUGCAUCUUGUCUUUGUAGCAGCCUGUUGGCUUUUUUUGUUAAAUAAAAGUUUGU